AUGGCUGGGAGCUACGCCGAGGGCGAAGCCGACGGUGACGGUGGGGUAGGCAUUGCGAGACCGGUGGAGGUGCGGAGAUCUAAUGCAGCGGCGACAGCGUCCUCCCCCGCAGGCUUUGGGCACCACCGACCUGUCGCCCAACAGGACAGAACCCGAUGGACUGGGCGACCAACAAGCUCGGCACCAGCAGGGGUGUCGGCGCCAACCCCGACAGCAAAGCCUAGCGCGUGGACGGGCAGCAAGGCAGAACCAGGGAGAACUGGCGUGGCAACGUCGGGGGUAGGGGCGGGGGUCAGGAGCAGGGGCGAGGAGGUAGGUGGGGGUGUGGUCUGGCGGGAGGCCGAGGCGACAGCAUCGUCACCAUCAUCAUCACAGGCGACGGACACGGAGGUAAACGCCGCCCGGUCCGCAUCACCGGCGGUGGCGAUAGCCGAAAAGACGCCCUUGGAGAGAGAUGGAGGCGUUGUCGGGGUUGGGGGUGCCGUCGGGGUCGGAUCCGCCGUCGGCGCUAAGGAGGCGGCGAGGGGCGUUCCGUUCGUGGAGCCGAUCUGUCGGGCAGACCCGUCGCGGUUCGUGCUGUUCCCGAUCAAGCACCCGGAGCUGUGGGACAUGUACAAGAAGGCCAAGGCUAGCUUCUGGACUGUCGAGGAGGUCGACCUCAGCCAGGACUCUCGCGACUGGGAAGCGCUGACGGGCAACGAGCAGCACUUCAUCAGCAUGGUCUUGGCCUUCUUCGCCGCGAGUGACGGGAUCGUCAUGGAGAACCUGGUGGAGAGGUUCAGCCAGGAGGUGCAGCUCCCCGAGGCCCGAUGUUUCUACGGCUUCCAGAUCGCAAUGGAGUCGAUACACCAGGAGAUGUACGCUCUGCUGCUGGACACGUACAUCAAGGACAAGCAGGAGAGAGAUAACCUCUUCAACGCCUACAACGACAUCCCUUGCGUCAAGCAGAAAGCUGACUGGGCGAUGAGGUGGAUCGGCAGCGACGCCACUUUCGCCGAGAGGCUAGUCGCCUUCGCUGCCGUUGAGGGCGUCUUCUUCUCGGGAAGCUUUUGCGCGAUCUUCUGGCUGAAGAAGCGUGGCCUCAUGCCCGGCCUGACCUUCUCUAACGAGAUGAUCUCGCGCGACGAGGGGCUGCACUGCGACUUCGCCUGCCAGCUGUUCGCCUCCCUCGAGAACAAACCCAGCCGGGAGACGGUGAUGGCCAUCGUGAGGGAGGCUGUGGAGGUCGAGAAGAGCUUCAUCUGUGGGGCCCUUCCCUGCAGCCUCAUCGGCAUGAACGCGGGCGUGAUGUCGCAGUACAUCGAGUUCGUGGCAGACCGCCUGCUGGGGUCUCUCGGAUACGGCAAGAGCUACGGGACGCAAAACCCGUUCGACUGGAUGGACCUCAUCAGCCUGCAGGGGAAGACUAAUUUCUUCGAGAAGAGGGUGGGGGAGUACCAGAAGGCGGGAGUAAUGGGGGGUGGCGGGGGGCCUGGGGAGGACAGACGUAACUUUCGAUUGGACGCUGACUUUUAA